AUGGCUAAAAUAGUGAUGAACGAUGUCUUCAAAGACAUGACUCGUGAAAACGACAGACUUUUACGUGAAUUGAGAUUCAGUUUAAGAAGUAAUGAAUUAAUGGAAAAAUACAGACAAUUGUCGUUAGACUUCAGAAACACAUGUAUUUGUGAGGAGAAUAUCGGCAAUGAAUCCAAGUUUAAUGAUUUGGAGAUCAUUUACAACACCAUUAAAGCCGAGGAAUGUCUUCACAGACAACAGAUUGAGGAACAAGUGAUGCCAGUCAUCGGCAGCGCAGCCGUCAUUGCGAGCGAUGACGACUAUUCAGCGAAUGAAGAGGAAUAUAACAAGACUUUAGCCGAAGAUAUGGACACAUCUGGCGAUGAAUACGAGACAAACCUAACGGAUGGCCACGAGUUUGACGACAAUAUCGAAGAAGAGAACAAAAAGUCUUCAGGAGAAGACAUAUGCGAUGUAUUGAGUGGUGAAUACGAGUCGCCGAUACUCCCGAAGAAGAGGAGAAGACAGAAGAAGUUGUCAGUGAAGGCGUCGCCGAAGAAUAGCGGCACUAAUUGUCGCACGAGAUCGCAGACGAAGAAGACAUUAAAGGAGAAGAUAGUGUCAGAGAACGAGAGUCCACGCAAUGGCCACUCGGCUGACGACAACAACGAGUCAAUUGCUGAUAACGAAGACACGGAAGAGUUGGGAUCAACCGCUGGCGAGAGGUGGGAAUUGCGCUGCGAUUACGACAACUGCCGCAAGUCUUUCACAUUGAAAGGCAAUUUGAAGAAACACCAGAAGACUGUACACUCGGGUGAGCGGCCGUACCGGUGCUCGUGGCCCGACUGCGGCGCCGCCUAUAAGACCAAAGACUCGCUGGGGAUUCAUGAAGUGAAGCACUCAAAAGGUGGUCAAUACAAGUGUCCGUUCGAGGGCUGCGAUAAGAGUUUUGGUUCGGAUAGAGACCUCCGCAUUCACAGCAGAUCCCAUAAAACAUACCUCAAGUCGUAUAACAACUACGCCUGCGAUUGGGAGGGCUGUGACCGACGGUUCACCAAACGGGACGACCUGUUGGCACACGUGAGCGCCGCCCACACCAACGACAAGCCAUACCAAUGCCCCGAUUGUGACAAACGCUUCGCCAUUGAAAGGUUACUGAAGAGUCACCAAAGGUAUCACCGAAUGUGUGAACAGAAAACAGUGGACUCGGGGGACGCGUCGCGCGACCAGCGAUGCGAUUGCAUUGAUUGCGGGAAGUCUUUCAAAACAAGGCGUUAUCUGAAUAAACACCGCCGUUAUGUUCACACCGAUCACAAUCUCUGGUCAUGCGAUUGGCCGGACUGUACGGUCGCCACGAGAUCUGAAAAUGAUUUGAUUGAACACAAGAAUCGUCACCAGAAGAUCAAACCAUUUGUUUGCGAGACAGUCGGCUGUCCGAUGCGGUACUACUCGACCUAUGAGUUGAAACAACACGUAAUGAGAGCGCAUAACGUGAUGGACCGAAACUACAAUUGCGAUAUCGACGGCUGCCGAUUGAGUUACGCCACCGAACAUGAUCUAAGGCGCCAUAAGCGCCGACACGACCGCAUCUACCGGUGCUCGUGGCCAGAGUGUGGUCAGAGCUACUCGGCUAAGGUGUUGCUGUCCGAGCAUAUGGACAGACAUAAUGAUGUGAAGUCUCAUAAGUGUCUGUACGUCGGGUGCGGUAAACAAUUUUUCAGCAAAAAUAAUUGUAAAACUCAUAUGAAAAAUGUUCACAAAAAAGUGAAAUGA